AAACUAUUGAUCAUUCAUUAUUUUCUAUCGAAAUAGAAACUGCGAGAAAAUUCGCAAGAAAACUUCAACAGAAAGAAAAUAUCACAAUAACAAAGCAAAACAAAAAAUCGUUAAAAUCGAAUAUUUUCUGAUAUAAUUCAGCUCUGUUAAACGUUGAAAUUUGAAUCGAUUUUCUGAAGAAUUAUUUGAAGAAAAAGUAGAGAAAAAAAUGGUGGCUGAAGCAGAGGUUGUUGUGUGUCAACAAAGCGUGGAUGUGAAGUAUUUUCCGAAUAAAGGAAGCAAUAAUCACGAGAUCGGUGAUGUAGAUUCGAAUUUUGAUCGAGUUCGUGUUUCUGAAUCAGUUUCUGCUGAGUUACUUACUACAAAAGAAGAUGUCAGGACUACAGAUAAAAUCUCGGAAGCUGCUCUUGACUCUGCGGUUCUGCAAUUUGUCCCCAGCAUCCGUUCCGGUAGUUUUGCCGACAUUGGGCCGCGUAGAUACAUGGAAGAUGAACAUAUAAGGAUAGAUGAUUUGUCAUCUCAUCUGGGAUCACUAUACAAUUUUCCUAAACCAAGUGCCUUUUAUGGGGUGUUUGAUGGUCACGGAGGACCUGAAGCUGCUGCUUAUAUAAGAAAAAACGUUCUAAAAUUCUUCUUUGAGGAUGUCAAUUUCCCUCAGAUAUCUGAAGUUGAUAAUGUAUUUUUACAAGAGGUAGAGAAUUCCCUCAGAAAGGCUUUUCUUUUGGCAGACUCAGCUUUGGCUGAUGAUAGCAAUGUGAACACUUCAUCAGGGACCACAGCUCUUACUGCUUUGAUAUUUGGAAGGCUUCUAAUGGUGGCAAAUGCCGGUGACUGCCGAGCAGUUCUCAGUCGUAAAGGAGAGGCCAUUGACAUGUCUCAAGAUCAUAGGCCUAUUUAUCCAUCAGAGCGGAGGCGAGUUGAAGAAUUGGGUGGCUACGUAGAGGAUGGUUAUCUUAAUGGCGUUUUAUCAGUUACGAGAGCACUAGGGGACUGGGACAUGAAGUUACCUAGGGGUACUCCCUCACCUUUGAUUGCAGAUCCUGAGUUCCGCCAAGUGGUUCUAACAGAGGAUGACGAAUUCCUCAUCAUAGGAUGCGACGGCAUCUGGGAUGUGAUGACAAGUCAGCAUGCUGUUAGCCUUGUUCGUAAAGGUUUGAGGAGGCACGAUGACCCAGAGAAGUGCGCCAGGGAUUUAGUUAUGGAGGCAUUACGGCUCAACACAUUUGACAAUCUUACAGUGAUCAUCAUAUGCCUCUCCUCCCUUGACCAUGGGGAGUCAGAGCCAUCACCACCUCCCCAACGGAAAUUGAGAUGCUGUAGCCUCUCUGCAGAGGCUCUUUGUAGCUUGAGAAGCUUGUUGGAAGGCAAUGCUAGCAACUGAAUGUACAUACAAUUCAUCUAAUAAAGUGUUGUGGAGGUUACAUAAGCUGUUUUUGACUGCUUCAGGUUUAGGCGUAGGAAAAAGCAGCCAUCAUUUUUUCACGUUGUCUGUUGAUGUACAUAUCCCAGGGUUAGAGGAUGGUGGUGUAGAUAUGUAAUAUUUUUACAUUAUUAUUUUGUACUAGUCAAUUUUUUUCCACUAUGACACGACAUUUAUUUCA